AUGAAACAAGUGGAGGGUUAUAUAAAAAAGUCAAAUACAAGGGAGCAUUUCCUCCACCACUGGAGUUACUCUCACUGUCUCACACUCAAAUCUGAAGUCUCGGCAGGAGCUAUAAAUUUCGUUCUCUCUCAAUUCUCCGUACUUUUUUUUCCCUUUUAUAAUUUCCUUUCGAAGCAACAUUUCGUUCUAGAUCUCGCAGCUGAAACAAACCCCGUUAACAUGACAACUCCGCAAAUCGCGAUUCUCGGCGCCGGAGUCUUCGUCAAAACGUACGUUCCGCGACUCUCCGAGAUCUCCGACAUCGUUUCCGUCAAAUUCAUUUGGAGCCGCUCCGAGGAAUCCGCGAAAAGUGCGGUUGAGAUUGCGCGUAAGCAUUUUGGUGGUGUGGAGGCUGUUUGGGGAGAUCAAGGACUUGAUCGGAUUAUUAAUGAUGAUUCGAUUCUUGGCGUUGCUGUGGUUCUUGCUGGACAAUUUCAGGUUGAUAUAUCACUGAAACUUCUGAAGGCAGGGAAGCAUGUCCUUCAAGAGAAACCAGCAGCAGCUUCUAUAAGUGAGAUAGAAAAGGCAUUGUCAGGCUACAACUCUAUUCGUGCCAAUGUACGUGGUCAACCAAUUUGGGCUGUGGCAGAAAAUUAUCGAUUUGAACCUGCCUUUGUCGAGUCCAAGAAACUAAUGGCAGAGAUUGGGGAUAUGAUGAGUGUCCAAGUUAUUGUUGAAGGAUCAAUGAACAGUUCAAAUCCAUACUUCUCAAGCUCUUGGAGGCGAAAUUUCACAGGAGGUUUCAUUUUGGAUAUGGGUGUGCAUUUCAUUGCAGGAUUAAGGAUGCUCGUUGGAUGUGAGGUUGUCUCAGCAUCAGCCACGACCUGUCACGUGGACAAAACUUUACCUCCACCUGACAUUAUAUCAUCCAACUUUCAACUGGAGAAUGGAUGCUCUGGAGUUUUUGUGAUGGUUGUUUCCAGUAGAUCUUCAAAGAUAUUCUGGCGAGUUGUUGGUUUGAAAGGAACGAUACAAAUUGAGCGUGGAAACCAAAAUGGACGCCAGGGUUACACGGUUUUAUAUUAUACUGCUGAUGGGCAGUGCAAAAGUUUCUUCUACCCAUUCAGUGGAGUGACUGAUGAAUUUAAAACUUUCAUACAUGACAUUCAAGAGGCUAAGAAGGGAAAUGGCCAUGAAGUCGAGCCUCGCUUAUCUUAUAUUGAAGGUGCCAGAGAUGUUGCUCUUCUUGAGGCAAUGAUGGAAUCAGGAUCGAAAAACGGAGCCCUAGUUCACGUUAAAAAAUUCUAGGUUGACUAUCGAAUCCUCUGCUUGGCCAACAUCAUUCUGUCCAGCUAGGAACAUGAUUCUUAUGCUCAAUAUUUUUCUCCAAAUUUCUGAGUUCAUUCUUCAU